UUGCCAAAUGUGUACUUUCCUUCCUUUCUUUCGUUCUUCACUCUUCAACAACAAUUUUUGUAAACUUUGAAUAUUUUUUUUUGUUAAUUUAAUUAAGUAAUUAUGGCAGUGUCAGCGGUAGUAACUCUCCUCUUUCUUCUUGUUGCUUCUCCGGUGGCUUUUGCUGCCAACCAUGUCGUCGGAGGCAGCGGCGGGUGGACCCAAUCUGGAGAUUACACCACUUGGGCUGCUGGUGAAACCUUCACCGUUGGUGACACCCUUGAGUUCAACUAUGGUGGAAGUCACGGAGUGGAUGUAAUUAACAAAGAUGACUAUGACAAUUGCAACACCGGUAACGCCAUCGAGUCACACAGUGAUGGAAAGACCACAAUCAAACUUUCCAAAUCUGGUCCAAUGUACUUUACUUGUCCUACUUUUGGUCAUUGUCAAUCUGGCAUGAAAUUGUCUAUUGACGUCAAAGAUAGCUCCACUCCUGCUACUCCAUCAACUCCGUCAACUACUCCUUCAACUCCGUCAACUACUCCUUCAACUCCUUCUGAUUCACCAGCCACACCUAAUACUCCCACGAAGUCUACGCCAACGACACCUAAUGGAGCAACCGGAGUUUUUGGCAGCAUGAGCAAAUUUGUGGUCGGAGUUUCAGUUGUAUUGGGAGCUUUGUUUGUGUUCAUAUGCUAGGCGAGAGGCAGUGCUUUAAUUUGAAUCAUUAUUAUUAAUUUUAUUUUCUAUUGUUAAUUCAGCUGUUAUUUUUGUUCCCCCUUUGUUUAUUUUCAUGAGCGCUAAUUUUGUGUGCAUAUUGUUGUAAGAAAUAAAAUGAUUUUUUCUUCACCUUUAA